CGCCGUCUGCCGGGUGUGCUCUGCUGCCGCCCCUCUCGCUGCCGGAUCGGCCCGCGCUGUGCCCGCCCGGCCCCGCCAUGAGCGACAGGGCCGAGCUAGACCUCACCGGCGCCAAGCAGAACACGGGCAUGUGGCUGGUGAAGGUCCCCAAAUACCUGUCACAACAGUGGAAUAAAGCUUCAGGAAGAGGUGAAGUGGGAAAACUAAGGAUUGUCAAAAAUCAAGGAAGAACGGAAGUGUCAUUUACUUUGAAUGAAGAGCUUGCAAGCAUCAAUGAUAUUGGAGGAAAACCUGCUUCAGUCAGUGCACCAAGGGAACAUCCAUUUCUUUUGCAAAGUGUGGGAGGACAGACCUUAACUGUGUUCACAGAAACUCCAGUAGAAAGCCAAUCAGAAGAAAAAUCAGAAAGUGGCAGUGCUGAUAAACUUGCCUUGGAAGGAAUAGUGGUGCAACGUGCUGAAUGCAGACCUGCAGCUAGUGAAAAUUAUAUGAAGCUGAAAAGAUUACAGAUAGAAGAAUCUUCUAAACCUCUGAGGCUAUCACAACAGCUGGACAAAGCUGUAACCACGAACUAUAAACCAGUGGCUAACCAUCAAUAUAAUAUUGAAUAUGAGAAGAAGAAGAAGGAAGAUGGAAAACGAGCUCGAGCUGAUAAACAACAAGUGUUGGACAUGCUUUUUUCAGCCUUUGAGAAACAUCAGUAUUACAACAUUAAAGACCUGGUGGACAUAACCAAACAACCCGUGAUAUACUUGAAAGAAAUUUUGAGAGAAAUAGGCAUCUACAAUGUGAAGGGGACCCACAAAAACACAUGGGAGCUGAAGCCAGAAUACAGACACUACCAAGGAGAAGAAAAGAGUGAUUAACAAAAAAAUUUCAAACCAAGAGAGAAUUACAGUUAUUGCACUGAGGGAACUGUGGUGGAUUUAUAGGCAGGACUGAGCACAGUGCAAUUAUGCAAGGAUAAAGAUAAAUUAAAGCAGCUGA